UGCAUACAUACGGGCGGGUUGGCAGGCUGUCGCCGGGAGACCCGGGCUGGAAAAUCUUAUGGAAAACCAACCACCAUUGGAGUAUUAAUAGCAGCGCUGUCUUAAACGUGUAUCACAGCGUUUUAGAGGCAGGCCGGCUCUUCUGACCGCGUACUUGAAGUAUAAAAGCCGGUCAUUAUGGAGCAUUGCUGGAGAUUGACGGCGGGUACCUCCCAACAGGAGCUGCUUUACAGCUCCCGUAGCUAGCCCAUGUGAGCCUCUAUUUUUGCAGGCACACAGGUCUGUUUUUAUUUUGCGGUACUGCAUAAGUUAGCCUCUGUUUUCAUCCAGGGUUAGCCAGCUCUCUGCGUUUAUUCAUCUGUACCGGCUCAACAUCCGUCUGCUUCCAAGAGGACAUGUCCGGGACCCACUGCUGAGAGUCUGUUUUCUCACAAAUAUUUAAAAUAAUUCAAUCAAAAUGAAGUCGUCUCUGGCUCCUGGGAUAAGACUUAUCACCAACUUUUCUCGGGAUAGUUGGUAUCGUGGUUUUAUUCUCGUCCUCACCUUCCUGUUCUACACAGCCUAUCACUUGUCACGGAAACCUAUCAGCAUCGUUAAGAGUCAACUGCACAGAAACUGCUCCAACGUCAUUCAGCCAAAAGACAUUAAUAUAACCAAUAAUGUUACCUGGUGCGAUUGGCCACCCUUUGACCAGGACAACUAUCAGACACUGUUUGGGGUCUUGGAUAACUGCUUUCUGGUUGCUUAUGCCAUCGGGAUGUUUUUCAGUGGGAUAUUUGGAGAGCGUCUCCCUCUGCGGUACUACCUGAGUAUUGGGAUGUUGAUGAGUGGGUUGUUCACAACUCUGUUUGGCCUCGGCUUCUACUGGAACAUCCACUCACUGGGGUACUACGCCUUCGUCCAGGUCAUGAACGGGCUGAUGCAGACCACCGGUUGGCCAGCAGUGGUGGCUUGUGUUGGCAACUGGUUUGGAAAGGGGAAGCGUGGCUUCAUCAUGGGUGUGUGGAACUCCCACACCUCAGUGGGAAACAUCCUGGGCUCCCUCAUUGCAGGAGUCUUCGUCUCCACGGCGUGGGGAUUAUCCUUCAUCGUCCCCGGAAUCAUCAUCGCCUGCACUGGGGUCCUGUGCUUCUUCUUCCUGGUUGAGAAACCCGAAGACGUGAACUGCUCAUCUCCUCAGCAUCAUAGUGGUCAGGAGAGGAAUCAGGAGGGCGGUGAGAAAGCGCCUCUCUUGCAGGACUCAUCCAUUGUUGAUCCAUCCAUCAAUGGCGCCAUCUCCACUGAGCCAGACGUGAUUGUUGAGGAGCACAGCGAGGCUAUCAGCUUCCUCGGAGCGCUGUGCAUACCUGGCGUGGUGGAGUUCUCGCUCUGUCUGCUUUUUGCCAAACUGGUCAGCUACACCUUUCUCUACUGGCUCCCUCUCUAUAUCUCAAAUGUUGCACAUUUUGAGGCAAAAGAAGCAGGAGAUAUGUCGACAUUAUUUGAUGUCGGAGGAAUCUUGGGAGGCAUCUUGGCGGGCCUUGUGUCUGACUACACCGGGGGGAGGGCGACGACGUGCUGCGUCAUGCUGAUUGUUGCUGCCCCCAUGCUUUUCCUCUAUAAUUACAUUGGGCAGAGGAGCCUUGGUACUACAAUCGGUAUGCUGUUAUUGUGUGGAGCCCUGGUGAAUGGACCUUAUGCUCUUAUCACAACUGCUGUAUCUGCUGACCUGGGGACACACGAGAGUCUGAAAGGAAACGCCAGGGCGCUGUCGACAGUGACCGCAAUUAUUGAUGGGACAGGAUCAAUAGGAGCUGCACUGGGUCCUCUGCUGGCCGGUGUGAUCUCACCAAGUGGCUGGAACAAUGUCUUCUACAUGCUCAUCUCUGCUGACGUCUUAGCCUGCCUGUUUUUGUCUAGGCUUGUUUACAAGGAAGUUCAGAGAUGGUGUGGGCGUGGACCCAGAGCCAGAGGGUUCAAUGAGUUCUGAAAUCAAAGUGAAAACCAAAACACACAAAGGGAGGAAACAAUGCUGAAACUGACCUCACCGUACAACCAACUAACUCUUUUUUUAAAUUCCAACUUGGACAAAUCUUCUGCUGAGCUGAUGAUUGAAGCCUUCUAACUGUACGACUUCUAUAAGGAGACAAAUGUCUUUUUAAGGACUAAUCCACUCAUUCUUACUUGUUUUUAAUGUUCUUUUAGCAUUAAAUGGUUUACACUGUGUUUUUUCUUAUUGGGUCUUUUUUUUUGUCUCCUUGGUGUUUGUGCCCUUUCAAUGCCAUUUUAGGCAAACAAACUGGAACACUGGCUGAGUCUGAAACUGCUUGAGAGGGUUUUAGAUGCAAUAAAAAGUCACUGUGUAACUUAAAACUAAGUGUAAGGAACUAAGUAAGGAAGUUCUGUGAUUUCAAAUUUGGAAAUUGGCUAACACUUUAUAAUGCGGCCGUGACUAACAGCGUUCAUGUAACGUGGGACGUGUGUAGUCAGUACAAUCAGUGGUGUGAAAGGAGAGAAAUCAUACUGUAAAUAAUUUUAAAUACUGCAUACAGACAUAAGUAUACUGUAAUAAAAUUUAAGUAGUGAAUAAGUAA